AUAAAAAAAUUAGAGAUAUAUUGGGAUGUAGCAAGGGAUUUGAGUGAAGUGUAACGCAAAAAGAUGAAAGGAAGCAGCAACAAGGGUAACAAGAAGGAGAAUAAGACGAAGACGAAGAUAGAAGAUGAAGUUGAAGAAAUGUUGCAGGCAGCGCAAGAUCAGAUUCUGUUGAAUCUCUCCCAAGCCCACAUCGCCCGUGCUUCUUCUUCUACUCUAAAUCUGGAUCCGGGUACGGCUACGGGUCUAGAUCUGGAUCUUGAUCUGGAACGUCGAUUCCAAGCUCUCAAAAUGAAAACCAAACCUAACCCCAAACAACAAGAACAACAAAAUCAAGAUCUCACUGCCAGAUUUGAUGCUCUCAAGGCCAAAUCAUCCAAUUCCAAUUUCAAUUUCAAUUCCGAUUCCAAUUAUUGCAAAGAUGAAGAAGAUAGCGAAGACGACGAAGAGACUCAAGUUCAGAAACUCAUCGAGUGGGCUAAGGAUGCCGCAAGGCUUGAUCCUUCUCCGCCCUCCGAUGACGACCAAAUUCACUGAGAUCUAUAGAAUUCAUGUCAUUUCUAUUCUGCUGUUACGCCUUCAUACAUAUCAUCAAAAUUUAAUUUAGGUGUUUUCUUUUUACAGUUUCUGUAUAUAUAUCUCCUUCAAACAUCUUUUCUGUUUCUCA